AUGUCGGGCAAUAACGAAGGGCAAGAGAUCAACCCCCUCCAGAAAAAGCUCUCUCCUGCGCAAUUCAAUGCCAGUGUAAAAUUCUAUGAAGCCGAUCAUGAACUUGAGCCUUCAGAUAGAUCCGAGAUUGCCCAUGAUCUUCAAAAUGUUGUAACAUUGACAUCGACUGCUGGAUAUGGAGCCGGUAUGACGGGAUUUUUUGGUCCCACUAUAUAUAGUAAAUACGUUAAGGGUAUAAAACUUCCCGCAGGUAGAUUCCUCUAUAAACCGUUCCUCUCCUUUAUGAUUGGUCUCACUACCAUGUUGGUUACACAUCAGGGGGUAGCUAAAGUUCAAUUCAAUUCACAAAUAUCUGCAUUAGAAGCACAGGCUUCGACGAAAUCUAAGCAGCUUCAAGUUUGGAAGGCUAUGGACUAUCAUCAAGCGGGACUAUUUUAUUUGUACUUUAGGCAAUCAUCCACUGACCCAUCGUUCAUUCUAAAAGACCCUCGAAAAAUGAAGGAGCAUGAAGUUUCAGUACACCCAUCAUUGAAGCACCUGGAAGAGGGAGACUUUGUAGGAUCGCUGUGGAACAGGCUUCGCGAAGAAAAUGGAGUGGAACCCACUGAGGAAGUUGAAAAUACAGGAGGAUCUACGGGCAAGUCUGCAUGGGAUAAGUUGAGAGAGCUGAAGUAA